GUUGAUCCUGUAUGCUAAGUGCUUUUCUGAUUCAAAUUUAUGUCCGAAUACAAUGAAAGAGAGGAAAACGCUUAAGAAAUUUGACUUAGCUUUAUUUCUCCGCAUAAUGGCACUCUCUACGCUGGUUGACAUACUUUAUUGUAUGAGCUGAAAUAUAAACCAUAGGCUUAAGUUAGGCCCGUAUUCGCGCGUUGAUAUCAGGUUUGAUAAUGUGGAGAAUAAAACAAAUUGUGAGGUAAAGGCGGCAGUACAGUUAAGCCGCCUUCUGUUCUUCCGUCCACAAGAGACUGGCUCAACAUCAAAAUGCGGGUGGUAGCUUUAGUUAGUGGGGGCAAGGAUAGCUGUUACAACAUGGUGCAGUGUGUAGCAGCUGGACAUGACAUUGUAGCCCUUGCCAAUUUGAAUCCAACAUCUAAAGAUGAGCUGGAUAGCUAUAUGUAUCAGACUGUAGGUCACAUGGGAGUUGAACUUUAUGCAGAAGCUAUGGGCCUACCGCUCUUCCGCCAAGCCACUGAAGGGCGUGCAAUCAUCCAAGAUCGAGAUUACUGUCCAACUCCUGAGGAUGAAGUAGAAGACCUUUACAAAUUACUUGUUAAAGUGAAGAAUGAAGUUGACAUAGAGGCUGUUGCAGUUGGUGCUAUUUUCUCUGACUAUCAAAGAAUAAGGGUUGAAAAUGUGUGUGUCCGCCUAGGACUUGUUUCACUUGCCUAUUUAUGGAGAAGAGAUCAAGGAGAACUUCUCCAGGAAAUGAUUGACUGCCAUAUUAAUGCCAUUAUUAUCAAGGUAGCAGCUAUGGGAUUGGAACCAGCCAAACAUUUAGGCAUGAAAAUUGAGGAUAUGAAACCUCACCUUGUCAAAAUGAAAGAGAAAUAUGGAUUGAAUAUUUGUGGCGAAGGUGGUGAAUAUGAGACUUUCACUCUCGACUGCCCUUUAUUUACUAAAUCGAUUGUAAUUGAUGAAUUUGAAAUGGUGCUUCCUUCAGAAAACAGUGUUGCUGCUGUUGGUUACUUAAACUUCAAGCAGUUUCAUUUGGAAAACAAAGAUCCAAUACUAGAAAAAUGGAGUCAACAAGAGCGAAUUGCACAGUUCCCAGUCAAGACCUGGCUUGAUCUUCUUCAAGAUCUUCAAGAACCAGACCGUAGUGUUGGUGCAGGCGAGGAGGACGAGGAGGAGCCUGAGAACUCCACAACAGACUCUUGUGAAGCUGCUGCUGCUUUACUUCGAACUGAGGUUGGCCAUUGUGCCCAUGAGCAGAUGGUAAACAACAAAGCUUCGGGUGACGCUCAUGCUAACACAACACCAGGUCAUUCAAGUGCUGUUACCCCCACUCUUGAGCACUCUCUGCUGACUGAUUUAACUGAGAUAGUUGUAGCAACUGACAAAGCUGCAGCACGUUGCAAUGAUGCUGGAUGGUAUUGGCUUGGUAGUAUUGUUGGCCAAGGAGAUGAAGCACAAGGGGAAGCAACGUAUCAGGCACUUGUUAAGUUAAAGGAAUUAUUGGCUAGUGAGUCAUUAUCUUUGCACAAUGUUGUUGCUGUUUCUCUAUAUAUUCGUGACAUGGAAAAUUAUGCUGUGAUAAACCUACAGUACAAGAAGGUUUUUAACUUCAUUAAUCCACCAAUCAGGGUCUGUGUUCAAGCACCACUUGCUCAGCAAUGUCCAAUUGUGAUGGAAGCUGUUGCUUUCAAGCCGCAAUCUAUUGAUAGUUCACAAGAUUCUUCCUCAGAAGAAAUGCGUGUAAAUAGAGUCCAUACCAUGCAUGUGCAAGGGGUUUCUCACUGGGCACCUGCCAAUAUUGGACCCUAUAGCCAAGCAGUGAGGGUUGGAGACUUGGUCUAUGUUGCUGGCCAAAUUGCACUUGUGCCUGGCACUAUGCAGAUGGUAGAAGGUGGAGUGCGCAAACAAUGCCGUCUGGCUCUUCGCCAUGUGGCCCGUAUUGUUCGGGCUAUGGACCCCAAUACCCAGCUCAGAGACGUAGUGCAGGGAGUUUGCUAUGUUACUCACCCCUCCUACAUUCCUGAGGCCCGCCGAGAAUGGGAAAAAAGGACCAAUAAUGCAAUUGUAGACUAUGUGGUUGUGCCACAACUGCCACGGGGUGCAUUGCUUGAAUGGCAAGUUUGGGCACACAUUGGAAACAGUAGAUUUGAAUAUGAAGAAACAGGUUGUUGCAUUGGAGUACACAGAGUGUCCCUACGAAGGCGAUGGAACUAUGAAAACACUGUAUCUGUUGUGGUCUGCUAUGUGUCAACAGGUUCAUCCAAUUGCAGCCAAAGUACUACAAUUAAUGCCAACACUGUAGAGACUGAAGAAACUGAGUCUGGACAUUGUGCAUCUUUGCCAGUAAUAAGUGCACCUGAACUUGGAGAGGUAUUCCGUUACACCUUGAGCAAAUUACAUAAAGGCGUUGAUCCAGGUACAACUUGUGCUGUUAGAGUUCUCCAUGUCUCUGGAAGCAAAGCUCCACCACCUACAGAAGUUCGAAAGGCAUUAGAGGAAUUUCCGAACGUAGUGACAACUCUGGUACCUGUAUGUCGACUCACAGAAUCGCGUACUGUGUUGUCAAUUUGUGCUGUGCGACAUCAGUGAAGGGAAAAACCAGAGAGAAAGAGAGAAUGUGUGCGUGUGUGUGUGUGUGUGCGCGUGUCUUUUGUAAAUAGCUAUUUUGGGAUUUUUGCUUUAAGAAUGUAUUGUGAUUCUUGAAGUCAUGACACUGUUGUUGUUUUAUAUAAAUUUACAUAUUUACUUGUUUGAGUCAAGUUUCACUCUACUGUUGGGUGUCUUAUGAAUUUACCUUUAUAUUUGUUAAUGUGUUUGUCAGCAGUCAAUCAUGUUUUAUCAAGAUUUUGCAGUUAAAAGUGGUAUCAUGGUUUGGAGUCAUUGUUGAAGUCAUUGAUGCAGUUAUUGUGAUAUGACAGUACUUAUGUAAGACUUGUAAGGAAACUAAACCUCUUAAAUCAGAACAUUAAAUGUAAUAAAUGAAUUAUUUCAUGUGAUGAAACUUCAAUGAGCAGAAAAUGUAAAAGUUUGUUGUACUGGUAGUGCCCCCAAUUGUGUGCAGUGAGCUUCCUUUUUAUGUGUUUGGCUUGAGUACUCUGAUUUGUUUUAAAGAUACUUUUAAUUUGAUCCCUCAAUCAAUUCGUACACCUUAUUUAGUUGUUCUCAAACUACUUGCUUUGCUUUGAAAAAGACCAUGAGUGAAGGUGAACUAAUUCGAAUAGAACAAUCGUUUUGCUCAUAGACAACAUCCUUAUUUAGAUAAUUGGGCUUAUAUUACAUAUUUCAUUGAUUUCUUUUUGCAGAAAAAAAGCCCUCAAAAGGUGUUUGUUGGCAAGAAGGAUUAACAAUUGUCACUUUGUAUUUCUUCCUUUAAUUAUCAAGGAGAGAGAUGACUGCACCAGCUUUUUGUUUUAAGCUAGACCUACAACUAUGGUUCUAAUUGCUCUCUUUGUAUGAUAGCUUCUGUAUAUCUUGCAGACAAAUACAUUUUGUCUAAAUUAUUUUCAUCUU